AUGGAGAGUGCCGCAGAGCUUCGCCUGAGUGCGCAGUCGACGCUUCCAGAGUCUCUCGAUCCGCAGAAUUGCAAACGGCGGCGACUCCUCGCUUUGUCGAGGAACGUAGACCAUGAAACGUGCCGCGGCGUAGAGUCAGGCGAUUCACAGUCCGAUAAAGAUCGUUCGCCCUGCGUCUCGAGCAGCCUUUUUGCGCAGGACCUCCCUCACGCCUCCAGCGCCUCUGAGGACGCCAGAGGCCUCGUCGUGAACCCCCCACUGUCAGUGCAAGUCUUGGAAACCCCUGCGGCGGAGGACAUAGCGUCUACAGAUGUGGCGAGUACCUCUGCAGGGAGGGAACCAGCAGAGCCGCCUCAACCGAAGGAGAAGCGCAGAGCCUCCACCGACAAUGAUGCGUCAAGCAUCAUGGCGAACUCCAGAAGCAGCGAGUUGUUAAUCCCCACAGGCGCCGUUGACGACGAGAUCAUGUCAACGUCUGCGCCUCACAGUCCGGCGCGCGAUGGGCACAACCUCCUCGGCUCGGAGAGCGAUGCGCUGCCAUCACCAGACGACUUGUCACUCUCAGAGCCAGAGGAGGACGACGCGUCGCCGCCGCGAAGCACGCCGAAUCUGCCGCUUCCCAAGGCUACAGAGCGUCCUGUCCUCGAAGGUGUCGCGGCACUCUCGCAGCAAAGUCUCCGCCUGGCGACGCUCUCCUCUCUCGGUGCAUCUGCCUCUCCAAGCAAGGCCCUGACCCGGUCCUCGCGCCCGGUGUCACCCUCGACGCUGCGCGGCGUCGCCGGAGGGGACUCUUUUGGCGGAAGUGAGGCGCCUGGCGCCAGCGAGGGAGCAGGAGUGUUGCGAAGGGAUCUCGGCGUCGCUCGCUGUGCACUCAGGGACGCGGCAGACAGCCAGGAGGGGGUCAUGGGCGAGCAGGCCGCGGUUGAGAGCAGCGCCGUGGAGGAGGAAGAGGAGAGCGGCGCGGAUGCGUCCAUCGUAAGAAAGGACGAGAAGGAAUCCAGUGAAGAGGGGAAACUCCAGGCAGACUAUGACUCCCUGGCUGCGCUGAUUCAAGACGCGCUGGGAGGCGACAGCUGCGGCGCCAGUGCGCGGGCGCCGCAGUCGAAGCGAAGACGGAACGCUCACUACCCCGGAGAGCUCAGCGCUGCGCGGUCGCACUCUUCUGCGGGCUCUCGCGCCGCGGCGCAGUCUGCCUGCGCCUCCUCCGAGCAGGGGCGCGCGGGGGGGCGGGGCGGAGGAGAGGACUUCCUCUCUGGGACGCCGGGCGAGCUCGGCGACGCGGCGCGCGAAGAGUCCAGCCGGCCGGCGUCGUCGCUCAGAUUGCAUUACGAUCCCCGGAACGGCGGCGUCUACGACGAGGAGGACGCGGAGAGCGCGCAAGCGUCCCUGUCUUUUCUCCUCGGUCAGCACGGCACAGCGGACGCGCUGUCUUCGGCUCUGGCCUCUUCGUGGGACCAUGUCUCUGCGUCGCAGGGGGGCGACACUUCUACCUCCGACGUGCCUUGCAGUGCCUAUACUCCUGGGCAGCACGGACGCCCGAGCCAGAGUCGGGAUCCAGUGAAGGAGCGGAUGCGGCGUUUGGCGAAGGAUCGCGAGACGCUAAAACUCUCUUCGCAGAUUGCGUCACGGUUCAAAAGUUGUCGCACCGAAGACGUCAUGCGCCUCUUACGCCGCUACCUCGCGGCGAGCACUCGCCAAGUGCGCGACCCAGAGACUCUGGAGCGCGUCGUCGCGGCGUGCUGCUACAUCUCGUCUCGGCAGGCGAUGGAUGGUUUGUCACUGUCUGACAUCUGCCACGAGCUGGACGCCGGCGCGGGUCAGGAUGCUGGCGCGUCUUCGCGCGACUCGAGCGGCCUCUUUCUGAAGGAGGCCGCAGAAGACGCAGUCAAGAGCGAGGUGAGCGGCGCGUCGGGCGGCGCCUCCUCGAUGUCCAUGCGCUGCAAGUGCCUGGGCAGGUGGGUAGUGCGGAUCUGCAGGAAGCUCCAGUUGAACGCGCUGCCUGCGAAGGAAGACGACCCCGAAGACCGCGCCAAUCGCGUCCUCGCGCGCGUCAAGCAGCUGCUCGUCGCGAAGAUGGAGGAAGACGAGCAGCGGCGGCCGCAGCUUGUGGAUGCGCUCUUGCGCGCCGCGACCCAGGCGACUGAGAAGAAGCUGCCGCUCAGCAACGAUGCUCCCCUCGAGGCCUUCGGCUCCGUCUCCUCCGCGUCCUUCUCUUCCUGCGCCUCCUCCUCCGCUUCCAUCGACUUUCUGCUUGGCGAUCACGCGACGACCACAGGCGACAGGUGGAAGGAGGGCGACGACAGAGAGGCCCUCGAGGCUGAGAGAUCCGCGCGGAGGGAAGAGCGAGCCCACGGCCGCGAGGCUCGCGCGUCUGCGGGUGCGGAGGAACUCCACGUGACGCCUAGCGGAGAGGACGCUCCGCGUCGUCGUCGCUCGACGUCCUUCUCGGCCUCCACCCAGCAGACUUCUGCGUCAGCGCCCGCUGAGAGCCGCGAGCAGCAGGCACUGAAUGACAUCGAGGAGCUGCUCAAGGGCGUCGGCGUAACGGGCGCGCUCGAGAGUUUCGGCUCUGCGUCCUUCUCCGCCACUGGCGACUUCGACACGUCUUCUUCGUGUGCGUCGGGAGAUACCGCGUCUUCCCCCGCCUCGCAGAACAAGGCCUCGACAGCGGGCGGCGCGAAGGCCGGCGAAAAGGGGUCGCGGGGGGACCAGGAAGGCCGCGACGGUGCCUUGCCUGCCAAGGCGCGCCACGACGACGCGAUGGACGCUGCUGGUGAAGGCAACGAGAAUGCAGCUACCUCACAAGCCGAGAAAAUGAACUCUCUCCCCGCGCUCUUGACGCAGGACGUCGCGCCUUCCCUGUUUAACCCCGUGCCCGAGGGCCUCGCGUCCGCGUCCCGUGGUGAAGACGACGCGCUCGACUUUGAAGCGCUUUUUCAGGGCUCUGCGGACCUCGCUGCGGCCUCGCCGUUCUCUCCUGUCCUCACGUCGCUACUCUCCUCUUCGCUGCCGUCGGCCGACAGCCUGUCGAACUCCCGCGAGCUGCAACCGAGUGCGCGUCUUCAACUCCAGCGCUUCACGUGGCUGCAGAAGAUGCGCACGGAGGCACUCGAGAAGCUGAAGAAGGAGAAAGACGCCGUCUUUCGGGGCCUCGUCCUGCUUCAGCGGGUCCUGAAGCUCUUCUACGACUCCAAGGGCGCCGAGGAAAAUGACGCCAAAGACGACUCUGCAGAAAAACGCGAUGGAAAGAAGAAAGCGCGAGGCUGGACUGAAGAGGAUCCUCUCGACAGCCAGUGGCGUGCACGCGGUCGAUGUGAUUCGGUCUCCCUCGCUUCGCUCAUCAUCAUCGUCUUCAAAUGGAUGCAGAUCCCGGUAUCGCAGCGCAUCGUCUUAGAGGCUCUGCACGUCGACCGCAAGAGCGUCUACAAGCGCCGCAUGGAGCAGACACAGAUUCUAAGCACGCUCUUUGGACGUCUUCGCGGCCUGAUGAGCGAGAAGAAGCAGGGUGUGGGGUUGCAGGAGUCUUCGGCGGCGUCUGCCACGGGGCAGCUCGCUUCGUCGCUGCCUCCUCAUCUCUCGGCGCUUCUGCAGCAGGUCGUGGAGAAUCCAGCGACCAUGCAGCGUCUCCUCGCCCUGACUGAGGAAGACGAGGACGCCGAGGCGCUCAUUUCGCUCUCCCAGGCUCACGCCGCCUCCCACUCCCACCCCCAGGCCGAAGCCGGCAACCCCGCCGUGCCUGCUGCGCUCCAGGGCGCCUCCUCGCCGGCGCGCGCGUCUCUUUUGACCCCCGAGGAGGGCACUGCGGCGAGCGCGACGGCGCGGCCUCUCUCGGGCUGUGAGCGGACUGCGGUUCCCGCUGAGACGGCAGCUGCCGCGCGCCCCUCGCCGCUGGAGCUCGGGGAAGAUCGCGCCUCUUCGCCAUUCCUUGCGGCGUUCCUUGCGCAGAUGGCCAUUGGGGCGGGCGACCGCGAGGCGGGUCCGGUGUCGGAGGAGCGUCGCGCGUCCGCGGGGAGCCUCAGGGAGCCGCCGCAGGCCGCCGCUGCGCCUUGCAGCCGCAAGCGCCGGCGAGGCAGCGCCGGCGCGCCUUCGCGGCUCGCAGGGCCGGUGGAGGAAGGGGAGUGCGCCGCAGGGGCCUUUGGCAGCGAGGAGUUGAGGCCUCGCGCAGGCGCGACGGGCGCUUCGCCCGCGGUGCUUGCCGUCGCGGCGGACUCGCUGCCGUACCGCGCGGAGGUCGCGGGCCUUCGCGGCUCCUUCUCGCAGGCGAGUGCGAGGCGCAGACUGAGUCUAGUGGACGCGGCGGCGCUCGCGCUGGCGAGCGAGGCCGGCGAGCGGGAAGGUCGCGCCUCGACGCUGGGCGCCGAGGAGGAGGGCGAGAGAGGGGGCGCCUUUUCGCGGGGGAAGGCCGGCGGCGUGGAUCCGCGGCUGGCGCUCGCGUCGGUGUUUUCUCUCGGGAACAAAGAAGGUCUCAGCCGCGCGGCGGACGGGCUCCCGGACGCCGCAGGCAAGAGCGAGGCGCACACUGGGCGCCGGCUGCUGGAGCUGGGGAAUAUCGAUGCGCCGGCGUCCUUCGCGCUCGGCUUCACUCUCGCGGAGGCGCUCCUCCGCCGGGGCCUUUCCUUCUCGCCGUCGCAUCUGCAGGAGACCGUCGAGGAGGCUUCCAAGGCGGCGGCCUUCGCGGCGGCGGCCGCGCCUCGCCGCCGUGUUUCUGAGGGCAGCGAGGAGAAGGUCUCAUUCUCGCCUGACUACACGCCCCUGCGGCUGCCGACUAUCGAGGGCAAUCUGGGCGGUGCGGGAGGAGGAAGGUCGCAGGCGUGCUGCAGGAAAUCUGGGGGAGCGGCCUCAGCGUCCCCCUUGCCAUCGCCGCAGGUUUUCAGAGAAGGCCGCGAACGCGAAGAGCGAGCCGCCCAGGGGGGCGGCGGCGCGGGGCCGGAGCACCUUUUCCUCGAUAGCCGCGCCACGCGCGACAUCAUCGCGAGCUUCUUGGCUGGCGCUCGCGGCGAUGCGCUCUGCGGGCCUGAGGGCACGGGGGCGUCUCUCGCGGGCGCGCGCGGAGGCGCCGACGACGACGUCCGCGCAGGCCUCUGGCGAGGCGAGAGCCGGUCGUCGUGCGGCGGGUCGCCCUCGGCGUUCCCCGCGGCCUACUCGCCGACCGCACACCUGAGCCUCGACACGCCUGUGAAUCGUCACCCUAGCUCGUUCCUCUCCGCAUCGCGCCGCAAGUCCUCGCGGUGCCCAGCACUGCCGCACUCCUCCGCGACCUCGCUGUAUCGCUCGCGGGGCGCGGAGACCCCGUACGGGAAGGCCAGCACGUCGCCCUCGUCGCUCUUCGCCGCAGCGGCGAGCAUGGCGGGCGUCUUGCCUUCGUCGCUCUCCUCGUCGUCGCUCUCCUCCGUUCAGUCUUCGCCGUGCCUCCCGGCCUCGCUGUCGCCUGCGUCUCUGGACAGGCAGCACUGUGAGGGCGGCUAUGCCUCCUCGGGGUCGGCGCAGGGUCUCGGGCCCGGCGCGGGGCCCGGCGGGGUCCCGGCCCGCGAGGGGGAGUGCGAUGACGGUCGCGGGGACUUUGCGCCGAACUCGCCCAUGUCACAGGCGCUUUCGCUGCUGCGGCCGGCCUCGCUGGGUCUCGCCGCCACCUCCGUGUCCUUCUUCGGCGCGGAAGAUCCCUCCGGUGUCUCCUCGUGCGCGUCCCCGCGGUUGUCAGGGGCCAUCUCCGCCUCCUUGGCGACUGCCCUCGCGGCGCCCGCGUCGGCGGCCGGAGCGGCGCGGCCUCCGCAGGGGGCGCCGCACGCGGUGGAUUCGUCGUCGAUCGCAAUGGCGACGGUCGCGCACUUGAAGGCGGCGGAGAAGGCGCUGCUUGACUCGGUGCCGGACUCUGCGCGCGUAGUCUCGCUGCAGUUUGAGCGCACGCAGCAGCGUUGGGUGUGCAAAUGGCAGCGACACAGGCCCGCGGGCGCGCCGGCGAACCGCAAGGAGCCCUGGCACCGCCGCUGCUUCUCGGUGAUCAAGUACGGCUACGAGGGCGCCCACGCGCUCGCGGCGGCCGUCGCCAAGAAGCUCCGCGACGGGCGCCGCGCGCUCCUGCAGAAGCAGCGACGCAUCGAGGAGGCCGAACUCGCCGCCGCGCAUCUCGCGGACGGCCUUCCUCGGCACGGUGACGCGCUCGCCCGCGGGGAGCCCGACGAGGAGGAGGAAGGCGCCCUGGUCGCAGAAAACGAGGCGGACCUCGACUCACGGGUGGCGGGCGACGAGGAUGCGGCCUCGCUACCGCCCGGGUCGCCCUCGCAGAUCAGAGGCGAAGAGGAGGGAGAGCGAGAGGGAACGACUGAGGGGGGUGGCGACCUGUUUGCGGCGGCGGCGAAAGACAAGCGAACCGCGUGGAGAGAGAGAGUCACGCUGGAAAAGAUCGCGGUCGAGAGGAGGAAGUGA